AUGGGAGGCAGUGACUCAAAACCUCCUACUCCACCCCCUACUCCACCCCCUUCUCCCACUUUUAGAGAUCCAUGGAGAAAAGUAUCUUGGGGACAUAACGAAGAGGAUCUGAAGUAUGUGAAGGAUUAUCAACCUGAAAUUGAUGACGUCAGACACCUCAGAGUUUUGCUCUAUGGGCCCGUUGGUACUGGAAAGUCCAGCUUCAUCAACUCUGUCAGCAGCGUCUUAGUAGGGAGAACGACCCAACCAGCUGGAGUCAGUGCAACCACCUCUGACCAAAGUCAUACCAAGAAGUAUGAAACCCAUAAAAUCCAGAAAGGAAGCAGAGGGAACUUCUACCCUGUUGUCUUCAAUGACAUCAUGGGUCUGGAGGAGAAGACUGGAGGAGGAGUCAGGGCGGACGACAUCAAACUGGCCAUGAAGGGACACUUGAAGGAGGGAUACAAGUUCAAUCCAGCGUCUUCGUUGUCCAGUGGUGAUCUAGGCUUCAACCCUUCACCCUCUUUAGAUGACAGAGUUCACGUUCUGGUUUGUGUCUAUUCUGCUAAUUCAGCAAAAAUUAAUGACCCGGUUCUGAUGAAGAUGAAGGAAAUCAGAGAGGCAGCCAGCGACUUGGGAAUUCCCCAAGUGGCUAUUGUCACCAAAGUUGAUGAGGCCUGCGGUGAAACUGAAAAGGAUCUGAAGAACGUCUACAAGAGCAAGUACAUGAAGAAAAAGAUGAAAGAUUUCAGCUCAUCUCUGGGGAUUCCAAUGAACUGCAUCUUUCCUGUGAAGAACUACAGUGAAGAAAUCUCCAUUGAUGAGAAUGUCAACACUCUGAUCCUGAGCGUUCUGAGGCUGAUAGUCGACAUCGGAGACGACUUCAUUCACAAGAUUUGUGAUCAGAGUCUUUAAAUACAAGUAUUUGAGUGUUGUAUCUUCACUUUUAUUACAGCUCCACUUAAAGACAACACAGUACAGUUCAUAAUGAAGUGACAAUUUGACUGUAUUUGUAACGUAUCUUAGUCUUAAUAAUCAACAAUAUAAUCAGACAAAUAUAAAAUAAUAUAAACAAGUUAAUUUUAUUGAUUUCUGAUCAUGAUGUAUUGAGUAUAAAUAAA